AUGUCUAUGGAAUUAAGAGAUCUGGAUAAGAAGCACACGGGGGACUUUCAAGAGGGGCCUGUGACAUUUGAUGCCUAUAGUGAGGCCGAAUUUGAAUAUGCCGAUGAAGGCUUCCUGGAUGUCAACCGUGAGCAUGCAGGUUCGUCUUUCCUCGCUUAUUUCAACGUUGUAUGCAUUGUGGCUGGUACCGGUACUCUUGGUAUUCCCUAUGCGCUUAAAUUAGGUGGCUGGAUCGGUCUUGUCAUUUUAUUUCUGUCAUGGGUAAUGUCUGUGCACACGGGUACGCUCCUUAUCCGUUGUUUGUACGCCAAUGGCAAACGUCGUUUAGGUUCAUAUAAAGAAAUUGCUACCACCUGCUUUGGCGCUGUGGGAGGUUGGGUUGCUUUCUUCUUCAACACUUGGAUUCUUCUUGGCGCACCCAUUCUGUAUAUUGUUCUUUCCGGUUCCAACCUCAAUGAAUUGUGCGCUGGUACAGCAGCAGAUAUCGGUGUGUUACCAUGGAGCAUCGUCUCUUGCGUCAUCGUUGCUAUUCCAUUUGUAUUGGUGAAAAAUAUGAAGGAAAUCGCUGUCAUGUCAGCUCUUGGCGCUACGGCUACUCUUAUUGUCGUCAUCAUCGUAUUGGUGGUUGCCUGUAUGGAUAAACCACAUUUGACAAAUGUACAUCACGAUACAGUCAUUUGGUCUCAAUUUCCUAUCGCGCUCAGUACCAUCUCGUUCAGUUUCGGCGGUAACGGUGUCUAUCCCCAUGUAGAAGCUUCUAUGAAGAAACCCAAAAAUUGGCCCAAAGUAGUAGCUGCUGGCUUAUCCACAUGUGCUGCCCUUUACUAUCUUGCUGCUAUUCCAGGCUAUUACGUGUAUGGUGACAGGGUUGUCAAUCCUGUUUACAACUCCAUCAGCAAUGGCGUCCCCAAAAUCAUUGCUAUCAGUGUCAUGACAUUCCACGUUCUUGCUGCUUCACCCAUCCUGCUCACUUCUUUUGCUCUAGACGUUGAAGAAAUGCUCAACAUCACCGUGGAACGUUUCGGUAAAGUGAAGGAAUUCAUUAUUCGUGCGCUGUUCCGUAUCUUUCUCAUUGUCGUUGUCGGCAUUAUUGGUGCUGUUAUUCCCCAUUUUGAUGACUUGAUGGCUUUGAUUGGUGCCUUUGCCAAUUGCGCCUUGAUUUUCAUUUUCCCUGUCAUCUUCUAUCUAAGACUUACGGGUCUCCGUAACAAGCCUAUUUAUGAGCUUGCUUGGUAUGCUCUUAUUCUUUUGCUUGGUGUCGUAGGCCUCGUUUUUGGUACCAUUUCAGCUAUUCAAGCUCUUGUUGCUGAUUUCAAAUCUUAA